AUGAUAACGAGGACCCAGCAAAAACAAAGAAAUCCUUUAGUGUUCUUAGAUAUCUUAAUCGAUGGAGAGAAAGCUGGUCGACUUGUGAUAGAACUGAGAUACGAUGUUGUGCCUAAAACAGCAGAGAACUUCCGAGCUCUCUGCACUGGUGAAAAAGGUAUCGGAGUCUAUGGCAAACCUCUUCACUUCAAAGGAGUUCGAUUUCAUAAAGCGAUAUCACAGUUUAUGGUGCAGGGCGGGGAUAUAAUCAACGGAGAUGGCACCGGCGGCGAGAGUAUAUACGGUCGUACGUUUGAAGAUGAAAAUUUUAAACUACAGCACGAAACAGGAGUACUCAGUAUGGCGAACGCGGGGCCCAACACCAACGGCUCCCAGUUCUGCGUGACAAGCGUGCCGUGCCCGCAGCUGGACGACACCAACGUGGUGUUCGGCCGCGUGCUGGCCGGCAUGGGCGUCGUCGCAGAGAUACAGAGGCUGGCUGACGAUGGAAGACCAAGAGUGGAAUGCAUAAUAGAAGAUUGCGGGGAGAUAAAAGAUCUAGACAGCUGGGACGUGUGCUGCCGGGAUGGCACGCUGGACCAGAUGCCGGAGUAUCCUGAGGAUCUUCGCACUAAUCUUACCUUAGAAAAGCUGAUGCAACAGAUACGCAACGUAAAGGAAAGCGGUAACAAGUUGUUUGGAACUUUCCGAUACAAAGCGGCCGCCAGGAAGUACCACAAGAGCCUUCGCUACCUAGAAUAUGCGAAACAAAGUUUACACGAAGUUAAAAAAGGAUAUGAAAGUUAUUAUGAAGAAAUAACAACAUACACCCUGCAAUGUAACCUGAACUUGGCCGCCUGCUACUCCAAGCUGGAGGACUAUCGAGCCUGCAUCAGGAGUUGCUCGGAGGUACUCCACAUCGACCCUCGCAGUGAAAAAGCAUUAUAUCGUCGCGGUCAAGCAAACUUCGCUCUCAAGAACUACGACGCAGCCCUCUCAGACCUCAAACACGCGGAUAAAAUAUCGCCAAAAAACAAAGCCGUACAAAAACUUCUAGAUGAAGUGAGAUUGUCAAACAAAAAUUACAACGAUCAACAAAAACAACGUCUCUCAAAAUUUUUUCGUGAGCAAAAAGAGAAAAGUGCCGCUGUCCGACAUCAC